AUGGAAUCAAAUCACAAAUCCGGGGAUGGAUUGACCGGCACACAGAAAGAAGCCGCCCUCCGUGCGUUAAUUCAGCGAACGGGAUAUAAUUUGAUCCAGGAAAAUGGGCAGAGGAAAUAUGGAGGACCACCACCAGGCUGGGAUGGCCCUCCACCAGAGAGGGGCUGUGAGAUCUUCAUUGGGAAACUGCCCCGAGACCUCUUUGAGGAUGAACUUAUCCCCCUCUGCGAAAAGAUUGGCAAAAUCUACGAGAUGAGGAUGAUGAUGGACUUCAAUGGCAACAACAGGGGCUACGCCUUUGUGACUUUCUCCAAUAAACAGGAGGCCAAGAAUGCAAUAAAGACACUCAAUAAUUAUGAAAUCAGGAACGGGAGACUCCUGGGCGUGUGUGCCAGCGUGGACAACUGCCGCCUAUUCGUGGGGGGCAUCCCCAAAACCAAGAAGAGGGAGGAAAUCCUGGCAGAGAUGAAGAAGGUCACGGACGGCGUCGUGGACGUCAUCGUCUACCCCAGUGCAGCCGAUAAAACCAAAAACAGGGGCUUUGCCUUCGUGGAGUACGAGAGCCACCGGGCAGCGGCCAUGGCCAGGAGGAAGCUGCUCCCAGGAAGGAUCCAGCUGUGGGGACACCCCAUCGCCGUGGACUGGGCAGAGCCAGAGGUGGAGGUGGAUGAGGACACCAUGUCCUCAGUGAAGAUCCUCUACGUGAGGAACCUCAUGCUCUCGACCACCGAGGAGACCAUAGAGAAGGAGUUCAACAGCAUCAAACCAGGUGCAGUGGAGAGAGUAAAGAAAAUUAGAGACUACGCCUUUGUGCACUUUAAUAAAAGAGAACACGCAGUGGAAGCCAUGAAAGCCUUGAAUGGGAAGGUGCUGGAUGGCUCCCCGAUCGAGGUGACCUUGGCCAAGCCGGUGGACAAGGACAGCUACGUGAGGUACACCCGUGGCACGGGAGGCAGGGCCCCGGUGCUGCAGGGGGACUACACCUACACCCUGGGACACCUGUAUGACCCCGCCACCGCCUACCUGGGCGCCCCGGUCUUCUACGCGCCCCAGGCCUACGCGGCCAUCCCCAACCUGCACUUCCCCGCCGCCAAGGGGCUCGGCAACAGGAGCAUCCUCCGGCCCCCCUCCGUCCGAGAAAUUUACAUGAAUGUACCUGUAGGGGCUGCGGGCGUCCGAGGCCUGGGAGGCCGCGGCUACCUGGCGUUCCCGGGGCUGGGCCGCGGAUACCACCUCAAGGGAGACAAGAGGGGAGAGGAAAAGCUCUACGACCUCCUGCCAGGGAUGGAGCUCACCCCCAUGAACCACGUCACACUAAAGCCCCAAGGGAUCAAACUCGCCCCUCAGAUCUUAGAAGAAAUCUGCCAGAAAAACAACUGGGGACAGCCUGUGUACCAGCUUCACUCUGCCAUUGGCCAGGAUCAAAGACAGCUCUUCCUCUACAAAAUCACCAUCCCUGCCCUUGCCAGCCAGAACCCCACCAUACACCCCUUCACGCCGCCCAAGCUCAGUGCCUACAUCGACGAGGCCAAGACCUACGCGGCAGAGUACACCCUGCAGACCCUGGGCAUCCCCGUGGAAGGGGCAGAGGUGCCUCCUGCAGCGCCAGCUUUCCCAGGAUACACCAUUGCUAAUGCAGCUGCCACUGUCACAGCCACUCAGCUCAAGCAAGCAGUGACAUUGGGACAAGAUUUGGCCACGUAUGCGACCUACGAAGCCUAUCCUGCCUUCGCUGUCGCCGCGCGGAGCGACGGCUAUGGAGCCUUUUAA